UUCUUUCUCUCUCUCUCUCUCCUCUUCUUCUUCUUCGUCUCUCUCUCUCCCUGACUCUCUCACUUCUCUGAUUUGGGGUUUUCAGAUGGGAAAUGCAAACGGAAAAGAAGACGACGCCGCCGCCGCCGCUAGCGGUGGUGCAGAUGUCACCUCAUCUUCAGCGAGAUCCAACGGCGGCGAUCCUUCUGCACGCAGUCGCCAUCGUCGUCCUUCCUCAGACUCUAUGACCAGUUCUCCUCCCGGAAGUCCCGCUCGAUCUCCUUCUCCUUUCUUAUUCGCUCCUCAGCGCACAUUGUUAAUCCACCUUACAUCUUACAGCAUAUGCUCACCUAUGCGUCACCUCUUCAAUUGUUUAGGCAUAACAUGUAUACCUAAUGGUUGCAUUUCGUGUCAGAUGGUUCCUGUGGCUCCACUGCAGAGGGCAAACGCCUCUCCUUCUCCUAAUAACAUCCAAUGGAACCAAUCUCAAAGAGUUUUUGAUUAUCCCACAGAGCAAGGAAUCCCAACCAUCAUUACAUGGAACCAGGGAGGUAAUGAUGUGGAGGUGGAAGGAUCAUGGGACAAUUGGAGAUCAAGGAAGAAGCUACAGAAGUCUGGAAAAGACCACUCAAUUCUAUUUGUUCUCCCAUCUGGGAUAUACCACUACAAGGUGAUUGUCGACGGUGAAUCCAAAUACAUCCCAGAUUUACCCUUUGUAUCAGAUGAAAUGGGCAAUGUCUGUAACAUUCUCGAUGUUCAUAACUUUGUGCCAGAAAACCCAGAAAGCAUAGUGGAGUUUGAUGCGCCACCGUCACCUGAUCAUAGCUACGGUCAAACCCUUCCAGCAGCAGAAGAUUACGCGAAAGAGCCACUGGUGGUGCCACCUCAGCUUCAUCUAACGCUUCUUGGCACAACGGAAGAAACAGCCGUAGCCACAAAGCCUCAACAUGUGGUGCUUAACCAUGUGUUCAUAGAGCAAGGAUGGACUCCUCAAUCCAUUGUAGCGUUGGGUUUAACACACAGGUUCGAGUCUAAGUACAUAACUGUUGUCCUCUACAAACCGCUCACACGGUAACCCUAAAACCCAAAUCCAAUGCGACAUUGUUCUCUCUUUUUAAUCUCUCAAUUAUGUGAAACUUGGUCUUUGUUCAUAGUGAGUGCCCAACUUUGAGUUUAUUGACCUCUGUCUUACCUGGUUUGGUGGUGCUUAUGUACAAAGCUUCUCAUUGUAACAAAGAAAAAAAUAAAACUGCGAUUUUUCUUGUUCCCUGCAAAAAACUGUAAAAUACGUUCCUUCGUUAAUAAUGGUUACAACAAGCUUAUCUGCU